CGUGUUUCUGCACGGACUGUGAAAACUGCAGCACCGCCGGAAGUUCACUCCACGCUUCCACUCGUCCUGCAGUCGAUCUUCCGCGAGACGAUAACAAUACACUGGAGUUAUCUACGGAUUUAACUAUUAAAUCGUUUUUACGACACGCGACACCAUAAUAAUGUCCGACAACGAAGACAAUUUUGACGACGGAGAUUUCGAUGAUGUUGAAGAUGAAGAGGCUCUGGAUGAUCUGGAGAACGCGGAAGAUGAGGAUCAGGAGAACGUCCAGAUCCUGCCGGCAGGUGAAGGACAGCAGGCCAAUCAGAAGAGGAUCACCACUCCAUACAUGACUAAAUAUGAGCGAGCGCGAGUGCUGGGAACACGGGCACUACAGAUCGCGAUGUGUGCGCCGGUGAUGGUGGAGCUGGAAGGAGAGACGGAUCCACUGCAGAUCGCCAUGAAAGAGCUCAAGAGCAGGAAGAUCCCCAUCAUCAUCCGUCGGUAUCUGCCGGAUGGGAGUUAUGAGGACUGGGGCUGCGACGAGCUCAUCAUUACUGACUGAGAAUCUCUCUCUCACACACACACACACACACACACACACACACACACUCAGAUGUGUGUCACUGCAGUGUUUACAGCACAGAUCUCAUGUCUUCUGCUCUGGAGUGUUAUACUUCACCCAGCAGUACAUGUGUGUGUCCGCAGGAGGGCAGCAGAAAUACACGAAUAACACCCAGUGCACUGAGGAAGAGCCCACUCUCAAUUUCAUUUGAUUUCAUCUUCAUUCCUUUGUUUUAUUCAGGAAAUAUUAAACUCUUUUUGUAGAAAAUCA